UUUCCUUUCUUUCUUUAGAGCUUCGUCAGAUGAAGGCCUGAUACUGUGAAACAUGGCACAACCUCGGACUAAUUAAAAGUUUUCCUGUUUCAGGAAAAAAAACUAACAGCAACAUGUAUAGACCUGGGGAGACAGUCAAACGUCGACUCAAUAUGCAUGCACCUCCUCGGAUAAGGAGUGUGGAAGUUGCUAGAGGAAGAGCAGGUUAUGGGUUUACCCUUUCUGGACAAGCUCCUUGUAUUCUUAGUUGUGUUAUGAAAGGAAGCCCUGCGGAUUAUGUUGGACUUAAAGCAGGAGAUCAGAUAUUUGCCAUUAAUGAAAUUAAUGUGAAAAAGGCAUCUCAUGAAGAUGUGGUGAAACUUAUAGGAAAAUGUUCUGGAGUUCUCCACAUGGUCAUUGCUGAAGGGAUUAGUCAUAUGGAUUCAUGUUCAAGUGAUGAAGAAGUUGGCUUUUAUGAUGGAAAGGGAUGGCUGAAGCCCAAACCUGACUCUAAAGCUCUAGGUAUAAACAGAGCGGAGAAAGUUGUUGAAGAAAUGCAGUCUGGUGGCAUUUUCAACAUGAUCUUUGAAAGUCCUAACCUGUGUGCUGGGAACUCAGAUAAUUCUGCUCCGAAACAGAGAUCGUUUUCAGAUUCUGCUGCUAUUAAAUUUGAAACUGGAAAUGAAAGUUUAAGUAAUCCAAACCUACUGUCAAAGGAUGAAAUAUCCAAAGUUCUGAAUGAUGAUUGUUUUAGAGUUGGAUUGGAGAGUGUGGAAGACUUUGGAUUAGAUGCAAGCAUUUUGAAUGUUGCCAUGAUUGUAGGUUACCUAGGCUCAAUUGAACUUCCUUCAACAACCUCGAAUUUGGAAAAUGAGAGCCUGCAGGCUAUUCGUGGAUGCAUGAGACGUCUGCGGGCAGAACAGAAAAUUCAUUCAUUAGUGAUGAUGAAGAUAAUGCAUGACUGUAUUCAGCUGUGCAGUGACAAAUCAGGUGUAGUGGCAGAAUAUCCUGCAGAGAAACUGGCAUUCAGUGCUGUUUGCCCGGAUGACAGAAGAUUCUUUGGACUAGUUACAAUGCAAACAAAUGAUGAUGCAAGCUUGGCUCAGGAAGAUGAAGGGGUUCUGAGGACAUCUUGCCAUGUUUUUAUGGUGGAUCCUGAAUUAUUUCAUCAUAAAAUUCACCAGGGCAUAGCAAGACGUUUUGGAUUGGAAUGUACAGCGGAUCCAGACACAAAUGGCUGUCUAGAGUUUCCAACAUCAUCUUUGCCUGUUCUUCAGUUUAUUUCUGUCCUGUAUAGGGAUAUGGGGGAACUGAUUGAGGGAAUGCGUGCAAGGGCUUUUCUUGAUGGUGAUGCAGAUGUUCAUCAGAAUAAUAGUACAAGCAGCAACAGUGACAGUGGAAUUGGAAACUUUAAUCAAGAAGAAAAUAAUAGAGUCCUAGUGGUUGAUUUAGGGAGCAAUCCAAGUAAACAUAUUCCUAGCAGUGUAUGGGAAAAUCCAGUCGGAAGGGGACAAAAUCAGCCUGCUGCACAUUGGAAUGGCUUCUGUCAUGAACAGGAAGGAAACAUUCCUUUAGAAGUGAUUCAGAACGAUAAGUCCCAAAACCUAAACAAGCACUUAGGUCCUUCUGCUCGUAUUGAAGUUCCACUGGUUUCCUCUCGAAAUUCAGUGCCCCCAUCAAAGAAAAGCAGUGCAGGCGUAGGCAGUCAGAGGUGGUUGCCUGUGCAUGUUUUACAAGAGUGGCAGCAUGGGAAUGCUAGUGACCAGGAGUCUUACACUGAUUCUACGGAUGGCUGGUCAAGCGUUAACUGUGGUACCCUUCCCCCUCCAAUGAGUAAGAUUCCAGCUGACAGAUACAGAGUCGAUGGCAGCUUUGGUCAGCCGCAGUUAAAAUCUCAUAAAAAUGAAUGGUCUAAGAAGAUGUUUUGCAUGCAAAACAAGUUUGGCCUUCCGCACAGCGUUAGGAAGUCUAAAGAAGAUAAAAAGGGUGCAAAAUUUGGACGUCCAAUGGGAUUAAAUCAGGCUCCUCCACAGCGUUCUUCUGUUCGGAGAUCAUUUGGGAGAUCGAAGCGAUUCAGCAUUACUCGUUCACUGGAUGACCUGGAGUCAGCAACUGUCUCUGAUGGAGAGCUGAAUAGCGCUGAUUUAAAAGACUGCAUCAGUGAAAAUAGUCUCAGUAGCAAUGCGAGUCUUCCCAGCGUACAGAGCUGUCGACGACUUCGAGAAAGAAGAGUUGCAAGCUGGGCAGUUUCAUUUGAGCGACUUCUUCAGGAUCCUGUUGGUGUUAAGUAUUUUUCGGAAUUUCUGCGGAAGGAAUUUAGUGAAGAAAAUAUUUUAUUUUGGCAGGCUUGUGAAUAUUUUAAUCAUGUGCCCGCACAUGAUAAAAAAGAGCUUUCUUACAGAGCUCGGGAGAUCUUCAGUAAAUUUUUGUGUAGCAAAGCUACAACCCCUGUUAAUAUUGAUAGCCAGGCACAGCUGGCAGAUGAUAUUCUCAAUUCUCCACAUCCAGAUAUGUUCAAGGAACAGCAACUUCAGAUUUUUAACUUGAUGAAGUUUGAUAGCUAUACUCGCUUUCUCAAAUCCCCCCUUUACCAAGAAUGCAUCCUAGCCGAAGUUGAAGGUCGGACUCUUCCUGAUCCGCAGCGUGUUCCCAGCAGCCCCACUUCUAAACACAGUAUUAGUUCAGAGAAGUCCAAUAUCUCAACACCGAAAAAGCUAAGUGGUAAAUCAAAGUCAGGAAGAUCCUUAAAUGAAGAGUCAGGAGAGGAGGAUACUGAGAAGAAAAAAAGGGGGACAUUUUUCUCAUGGUCAAGAAGUAAGAGUUUGGGAAAAUCACAAAAGAGGAAGGAAAAUGGUGAUUAUCAAAAUGAUUCUAUUCAGUCCAAUGGAUUAUCAUACAGGCGGGAAUCCCAAGGCUCCAUGUCUUCAACAGCUAGUCUUGACUUGGUAAUGGCUGGCUCUUAACGAUAAUGUGGGAAACAGGGAAAACAGUGAACUGUUAAUUUUCUAAGAUGUGUGAAGUAAUUUGCUUGAAGUAAUACUUAGGGAAAGCAUCCUUGAAUGAUGCAGAAUUUUCCUCACUUAACCUGUGUUCAAGUUGUGUUAG